AUGAGUCAUCAUAUAAAGCUUGCAACUACGAUCAGGAACUGGACUGUUUUGGAGACGUCUAUUGGGGCUGUGGCCAGAAUCAGGCAGUUUGCAAAAGAAACACCUUCCGAAAAGCGAAAUCUCGUCGACGGAGGCAAGCCUCCUUCAGGAUGGCCACUGAAGGGCGCUAUUGAAUUCAAGAACGUGAACGUGACUGCUAGAUACACUCAAGACACAGAACCGACACUCAAAGGGUUGUCUCUCUCCAUAUCCCCUGGACAGAAGAUUGCCGUGUAUGGCCCCUCUGGCAGCGGCAAGACUUUAAUGGUGCUCUCCCUGCUGCAAAUGAUUGAGGUCGCAGAUGGUAACAUUGUUAUUGACGGCAUUGAUGUGGCGCAUGAACAAAAAGCUCGUGUUCGCGAGCACAUCAACGUCAUCCCACAAGAGCCUUUCUUCAUGCCAGGGACCGUGCGCUUCAAUCUUGAUCCGCACUCGCGGGCAAGUAGUGAGGACAUCAAGGCAGCGCGAGAAAAAGUUGGCCUUCUUGGGAGAAUCGGCAUGGCGGGUGGCUUAGAUGCCGAACUAAAUGCAACAGAGUUUUCGGUCGGCGAGAGACAGCUACUUGCUCUCACGAGGGCACUGAUCGCCAAGAGCCAAAUCCUGGUGCUCGAUGAGGCUAGGAGCAGCGUUGACCUGGAAACGGAAUCCAUGUUGCAAAAAGUGAUUGAGAAAGAAUUCUCUCAGCAGACGAUAAUUUCCGUCAUCCACCGUCUCCAAUUUGCUCGGCAAUAUGACAAAGUAUUGCUUCUGAAGCAGGGAGAAGUCGUGGAGUGCGAUACUCCGAGUGCUUUACUAGAAAACGAUUCCGGGUUCAGGGAAUUCUUCUCAGUGAUGCAACGUUCAGCUUGA